AGCUCUCCCAAACAGGACGCAGCACUUGCUGGAAAACUUUCAGAGCAAGAACAAACUUCAGCCAUGGCCGAGAGACGCAUUCCCUUCACCUUCAUGCAGGGCCCAGCCUGGGACCCUUUCCGCGACUGGUACCAGGGCAGCCGGCUCUUCGAUCAAACCUUCGGGAUGCCACCCCUCUCCGGGGAGAUGCCCACCUUCCCCAGCACACACUGGCCCGGAUACAUUCGGCCCUUUGGAUUUCCAGAAAUGGCCUCCUUAAUGCAGAGCCCAGUGGCUCAGAUGCCCAUGUCGCCCUCCGCAACCGUGAUGCAUCCCCCGACCUACGGCCGGGCCCUCUCCCGACAGAUGAGCUCAGGAAUGUCUGAGAUAAAGCAGACGGGGGACGCCUGGAAGAUCAGCCUUGAUGUCAAUCACUUCGCCCCGGAGGAGCUGACGGUGAAGACCAAAGAUGGGGUGGUGGAGAUCACCGGCAAACAUGAAGAGAGGAAGGAUGAACAUGGCUUUGUGUCCAGAUGUUUCACCAGGAAAUACACUCUGCCCUCUGGUGUCGACUCUGAGAAGAUCACCUCGUCUCUGUCUCCUGAGGGCGUCCUGACCAUUGAAGCCCCUCUGCCCAAACCUGCCAUCCAGGGCACUGAAAUCAACAUCCCUGUUAACACAGGCAGUGCAGUGACUGCCAGCACAACAAAGAAACCCUGAGCACCACAACACAAACACACACACACAUAUACAAAGGCAGAUCAAAUGGUACUUUGUGUUUGUUUUCUUCAGCAUGUUCCAUAUUAAUGUCUUGAUACUUCAAGUCUUUGUUAAAGUCUUUUUAAACUGCAGGUAGGAGGAGGGUGGAUUGCCAUAUUGCAUUCCGUCUCUUUUUUUUGCAUCACUCUUUUUCAUCCUUGUCUCCUUUCUUUCUCAUCCUCCUGUCUUCUACUUGUAGUAAAUCACAGCCAAUCUCUAAAAAAUGUGCUCAUAUUUCGCCCCUAAAUCAAAAAGUUUAAAUGCAAAAUUAUAUUUUGCAUUAAGAGAAUUAAGCGUUUUUUAUUAUAUAUAUACACACACACAUACAUAUUGCAUUGCAACAUUAUUUUUAUGACAGUAAAACAGAAUUCUCAUUAUUAUAAGUAUGUGUGUUUGUUUUUUUAAUAUUGUCUGGAGAGGUUUUUGUGUUUUUGCACAACAGUAAUGUGAGAAUUCCAAAUAAUGUCUCAAUGCAAAAUGCUUAAAUGGCCCAAAAAAUUUGCUUUUUUCUUUUAAUUUUGAGGUGAAUUAUGACUAUGACAUUUCUUCAAAAGCUUUACUGAGCUGCAGUUUUACCAGAUGCUGGUUUUACUAUAUGCAGUUUUGAAGCAAACAUACACAGUCAGACACAUUAAAAUAAAGUUUGUUUUCACAAUUUUUUGUCAGAAUGUAAUGCAACCAAUCUGACUCCAUUCUCAUAUUAAACUUUUCACCAUCACAUCAAUUCCUGGUGGAUAAAAGUAAGUAUAUACGGUUUCCCUUGUAAAUGAGAAAAAAAGCGUAAUUUUGACUUCAUCAUACUGAUAGAUUCCACCAGACAUUGCCAUGCUGUUUAACUGCAGGAAGCUUAACAACAGUUUCCUCACAUCAGUCAGUAGAACAGCAGGGAGUGUCUUCAGAUUGGUCUCUUCGGGUUUUGUAUUGUGAGGCAUUACGUAAUGUUUUAAAUGACUGUAAUAAAAGCUUUCCCAUCAUGAGCUGUACGUCUGAAUAUCCUCAUGGUAGAAAUGGGAAUAAACAUCUCCAGUCUGUA